UGAACACUUGUCUUCAUCCCAAAAAAUUGUUGUCGAUUGUGCUUUCCUCGUCACUCCUAAUUCUUCUAGCGAAUUCACUACAGCCUUGUUGCAACCUGUCGCCGUCGCCUAGAUGGACCUCGAUUUUUGCCUCCCUCGACAAUUGUCUUCGUUGUUGCUCUGUUCAGACACGACGUUGCGUUCCGACUCCACUGCUAAAAACAGUGCGAAAACCAAAACAUCAUACACAACUACAACCUCACCUCCAGCAGCUGCUAAAGACAACUCUGCUUCUUCUCCGACAACAGACAAGGACCAGAUUGCUGCCUUCUCGGGGAAAAAGAUGUCACCGACCCGUGAGCGCACGUACGCUGUGCUCCUGGUGUCUCACGGCUCGCCAUCGAAAGAGUGGAAUGCCAGCCAGAUCACCUUGCGCGACCAGGUGGAGAAACUCUUGCAACAGGGACAUGGGGAGACAACUACAACAGAUCAUGCUACGAAGCACGCCGCGACACUGCAGAAGAAAGUGAAGAUCGUGAAGUGGGCGUGGUUAGAAUUCGCCGAGCCGGAUAUUAAGCAGGCGAUGGAGGAGCUGGAACAGAGCGGAGAAGUCGACCACGUGAUCGCGAUCCCGGUCUUUAUCAGCGUGUCCUCGCACUCGGAACGCGACAUCCCGAACUGCCUGAACACGCGGUUUACCCCGGAACGCGACGACGACUUGCGCAGGUACUGUGGAUUUCUGCCUGUGACUUACUGUAGCAGUCUGGACCACGGCACCGUGCUGCCAGAAAUUCUGCUGGACAGUGCGAGGAAAAUGCUGGUAUCAUCUUCGUCCACGACACACGAUUACACGCCUUUGAGCGCGGCGGAACAAGCACAGACCGCCGUGGUGACGGUGUCACACGGGGACGGGUGCGAACACUUCUGGGGGCACUUGCACGCACGUAUUCGGGAUCGGAUCGCCGCCGAAUUCCCAGCGUUGAAGGUCAACACCUGGUGCUACCUGCAGACGCUGCGGAAGGUACGAAAUGCUGCUUGUGCAAACUCUAGUUGGUUUUAUUAGUCGGAAGGUACGCUCGUUGUAACUGUAAGUGUAACAAAAACGAUGUGCACGUGUCCAAGUGGCGCGACUAGUGCUUGUAGCACCUUUUUUUCAGUGCAAUUAGUGGGGUUGUUUCGCAGAGGAUUCGUCGCCGGCCCGCCUUGGGCAGAACACAAGGAACUUGAAAUUGAAAAUCUUUCAGCCUUUCGUUCAGAAGCGCUUCAUCGACGCCAUCGCUGGCGCCAUCGAGGCGGGCGAGGGAAAGGUCACGAAAGUCGUGGUUUUGUCCUGCUUCAACGGGACGGGGGGACGCCAGUUUUUGGAGCGGCUGGACAGCAUGUAUUACCCCUACGUCGACCCGCUGUCGGCGGAAGAACACAAACCGCUGAAGCAGCGGUUUCCGGAAGUGGAGAUUGUCGGCGACGAGCCGUGGAUGGGCGACCGGCGCAUCGCGGAGUGGUGCGUGUGGAUGGCGGGGGAGUGUGUCGGGAGUAUGGAGCCCGCGAAAGACGACGCCAUGGAGGUGGAAGAGGCGUCCGAGGACGAGCUGGACUUCAGCAAGAAGACGCAACCGCCCUACAAUCCGCCCUUCUGGCUGACGCGGGACAAGGAGGCGGAUCUGAAGGCCAUGAUGGCGCCACCGUUGAAGUCCAGUAAGGGGAAGGGGAAGGGCGCAAGCGGUGGAGGGAAGGAGAAAGGGGCGAAAUCGUCAACGGGCACCAGCAGUAAGGGAGCAGAAAAUGCGGAGAAGGGAUCCGCUUGUUGUGUUCCUUCUGGCGUUGCGGCGAAGGGCGGAAAGGAAGACGGGAAGAAGUCGGGAAAGUCGAGCACUGCAGUAAGCAAGACCGGUGCUGAAGAGCAGGACGAGCAGACGGGCAUCAAAAGUGGGCACAAAGGCGGCAAGGAUAAUGCUGCUCUGGCAGACGAUGCAAGUGGAGUGUACGGAAAGUCCGGCGGUUGCGGGAAGUCGAAAUAGCAAUCCGGACUUCAGUUUGUUGAGGAAAUAGCGUUGCUUUCCACAUGUUUCAUAUCGUUGUCCAAACCGAAAAAUGCUAAACAGUACUGAAG